GUCGAGAGUUGAGUUAAGAUUGUGCGGUCGUGUGGUCGUCUUUUACGUACAUUUGUGUGCUGAGAGUGUAAAUUGUUGGUUAAAAAGCAAAAGUAGGGAAAAAAACGUAUCAAAAUAGUUAAGCAAAAAGUAAACUACUGAAAAAAGCUGAAAAAGUUUCCCUUUUUUCCCACCGUGUAAAAUCAUUGUGAAAUAGUGUCAGUGCAUAUAGAAAGUGUGUAUAUUUGUGCAUUAAAAUUAUAGAAUUUAAAUAAAACAAAACCAAAAAAUCAAAAUACAAUACAACUAAUUUACUAAAACAGUAAAGGAUUCAGCAAUCAGCAAAAAGCCAAGAUGGGUAACAUUCAUACGACUGGACCAAAUGAGGCGUUAAUUGUUUCAGGUGGUUGCUGUGGUUCCACCAAGAAACGCACCAUUGUCGGCGGUUGGGCAUGGGCCUGGUGGCUGGUGACAGACGUGCAACGCCUCUCGCUCGAGGUGAUGACGCUCAAUCCCAUGUGCGAAAAUGUCGAGACGGCACAGGGUGUACCAUUAACUGUAACCGGUGUGGCGCAAUGCAAAAUCAUGAAGGCUGACGAAUUAUUGGGCACCGCCAGCGAACAGUUUCUGGGCAAGAGCGUUAAGGAGAUCAAGCAGACGAUAUUGCAAACAUUGGAGGGCCAUUUGCGUGCCAUACUCGGAACGCUUACAGUAGAAGAGGUUUACAAAGAUCGCGACCAAUUCGCUGCGCUGGUACGCGAAGUAGCCGCACCUGAUGUCGGUCGCAUGGGCAUUGAAAUACUCUCAUUCACCAUCAAGGACGUCUAUGAUGAUGUGCAAUAUUUGGCAUCGUUGGGCAAGGCGCAAACGGCGAGCGUGAAGCGUGAUGCCGACGCUGGUGUGGCCGAAGCCAAUCGUGAUGCCGGUAUACGCGAGGCUGAAUGUGAGAAGAGCGCCAUGGACGUGAAAUACUCCACGGACACGAAAAUCGAGGACAAUUCACGUAUGUAUAAGUUGCAAAAGGCCAACUUUGAUCAGGAGAUCAAUACAGCGAAAGCUGAAUCGCAAUUGGCUUACGAAUUGCAAGCCGCAAAGAUACGACAGAGAAUACGUAACGAAGAAAUACAAAUCGAAGUUGUGGAACGUCGCAAACAAAUCGAAAUCGAAGCACAAGAAGUGCAGCGCAAGGAGCGCGAACUGAUGGCUACCGUUAAACUGCCAGCCGAAGCGGAGUCACAUCGUGUGCAGACCAUUGCGCAGGGCAAACAAUGUCAGACAAUCGAGUCGGCACGCGCUGAUGCCGAGAAGAUACGCAAAAUUGGUGGUGCCGAAGCUCACGCCAUUGAAUUAGUCGGUAAAGCUGAGGCGGAACGCAUGCGUAUGAAGGCGCAUGUCUAUAAACAGUAUGGUGACGCUGCCAUUAUGAAUAUUGUACUGGAAUCUCUGCCUAAGAUCGCUGCCGAAGUAGCUGCACCACUCGCCAAGACCGAUGAGAUCGUACUCAUUGGCGGUAAUGAUAACAUAACAAACGAUGUUACACGCCUAGUAGCACAAUUACCACCGUCCAUCAACGCACUCACCGGCGUCGAUUUGUCGAAAGUAUUGUCGAAGAUACCCGGAGCCAAGGCGUGAAAUUCAAUGCAACACUCCAGUAUGCAAACACCACAAGAUGCCCGAACGAUGAUGUUGAUGACAUAAAGAUAUAAACGAUAAUUGGAAUGGAAUGACACGUGGGAAAAUGAUUAUUGAAACACAGAACAAAGGAAAAUUUAUAAAAAAUAUAAGAAAUAAUAAAUGCAAAAAUUAUGACGAAGUAUGGGGAGGAAGAAACUGCUAAACUGGAAGAAUUAUGAUAUAAAUAUAAGAACACAAUCACAAAAACAACAAAAUAAAUGCUAAAUUUUAACGCAAUGUUUAGAAAUCAAUAAAUCAAUGUAAUGGAUAAAACUACGAAAGUAUAAAUAUUAAAGAAGUAUAAAAAAGCAAAAAAUGUGUCAUAAAAGAAUAUUCAAAUUUGUGCGAACUCAAAGCAAAAAAAAAAAAAAAGAACUCUGGCUUAAGCGCCUAUUUUGCAGUGAAUUAGUAA